AUGUUGACCGGAGCGAACACCGUAGAGGAAGCGAAGCAGUUGGCGGAAGAAAUGGUGGAACUCACUGCAUCCGGAGGAUUCAACCUACGAAAAUGGAACUCCAAUAGCAAGGAGCUGCUGGCACAACUGCCACAAGAACUGUUGGAUAGCCGAGCAUUGUUAGAGCUGGAUUCAUCGUCCUCUCCAGUGAAGACACUAGGCUUGCAAUGGGAGCCACAAUCAGACAGCUUCCGAUACGACUCACCACAGUGGAAUAACGAUGUUGUUCCAACCAAACGUAUAGUUCUCGCUGAAGCGGCUCGGUUAUUUGACCCACUAGGCUUGAUCGGUCCUGUAGUCGUUAUCGCAAAAAUCUUUCUACAAGAACUGUGGAAACACAAUUGCGGCUGGGAUGAUCCAUUACCUGAAGCGAUGCAACAAUUUUGGCAAGAAUACAGGUUGAACUUGACCGCCCUGUCCUCCUUUUCGAUUCCACGCUGGAUUGGAUACAAGGCCGAAGCAGUUUCAAUGGAAUUGCAUGGGUUUUGUGAUGCAUCGGACAAGGCCUACGGUGCGUGCAUCUACACACGUUGCACGCUGAUGGAUUCUUCAGUAGAAGUACGCUUGCUCAUUGCCAAAUCCCGUGUUGCGCCGUUGGAGGACCUCAAACGGAACAAGAAGAGACUGUCAACCCCUCGUCUUGAGCUUUCGUCCGCAUUGCUACUUUGUCAUCUGUACGAGAAGGUCAAGGCCAGCAUUCGCAUUCCCCAUAACGCAAGCUUCUGGACCGAUUCGACAAUCGUUGUGCAUUGGCUAUCCUCUUUGCCCUCGAGAUGGCAGAUUUUCGUAGCCAAUCGUGUUUCCGAGAUUCAGCACAUCACCAAGGGUUUCGUUUGGAAUCACGUAGCUGGUGCGGAAAAUCCGGCGGAUGUCAUUUCUCGAGGUAUGACCCCGGCUCAACUGCUGUAUCACACAAUUUGGCUUGAAGGUCCGGCAUGGCUGCGUCGAGACCGCAGCACUUGGCCGGUGGCAAGCCCCGAAGAGGAUUUCGAUCGAACAUUACUGGAAGAGCGAAGCGCAGUUGCAAUCCCAGCUCAGUCCAAGCCAAACAGCGAGUUAUUCGGUCUACAUUCGUCUUUGUUCGUAUUGGUGCGAAGAGUUGCAUGGAUUCGCCGUUUCAUCCACAAUUGUCGACGCCCAGAAGAAGUACGCAGCGGAAACAUCAACCACAUCGAACACCAAGAAGCCAUGCUGUCGCUGGUACGUCUGGCCCAGAACGAAUCGUUUCCAGAAGAGAUUUCUGCACUACAGCGCGGAAAUCAAGUGAAACCGUCAUCUCCAAUCCACAAACUCUGGCCAAUACUCGUCGAAGGUGUACUGCGUGUCGGUGGUAGACUUUCAGAAGCACCUGUGUCAUCAACUCUAGACUACCACUUGAGGCUGUUUCACGCGGGUCAACAGCUGCUAACCAGCAGUGUACGAGAGAAGUUCUGGCCCACUCAAAUCCGUCGACUAGCAAACACGAUUAUCCACGAAUGUGUAUCCUGUUUCCGUAACAAGCCGAAGGUGUUAGAUCAGCUCAUGGCAAACCUACCGUCAGAACGUGUAUCGCCAGCACCGCCAUUCGUGAAGGUUGGUGUGGACUAUUGCGGGCCAUUCUUCGUUGCCAACUCCAACCGACGCGCAGCUCCACGGAAAUAUUUUCUCGCUGUCUUCGUGUGCUUGGUGACUAAGGCAGUUCACCUUGAACUGGUUGGAGUGCUGCCUUUAUUGCUGCGUUCAAACGUUUUGUCGCACGUCGAGGUAAACCCGUCCUGGUAAUGUGUGACAAUGCUCUCAAUUUUGUCGGAGCAAGACGUGAGCUCAGCGAAUUGCACCGAUUGUUUCGCAACCAACAAUUCCAGGAGUCAGUUGCAGAAAGCGCAGAAGAAGACGAAAUUGAAUUCCGAUUCAUUCCGGCAAGAUCGCCCAACUUCGGCGGCCUCUGGGAGGCCGCGGUCAAAUCCUUCAAAGGCCAUUUCAAGCGCACCGUUGGGUCGAAGAUUCUGCCACACGACGCCAUGCAUACAGCAAUCGUGCAAAUAGAAGCGAUCCUGAAUUCCCGUCCGCUGACACCCGUUAGCAGUGAUCCAAUGGACUUCGAGGCAUUGACCCCAGGUCAUUUCCUCAUUCAGAGACCACU